AAUGUUUUUCUCCAUCAGACUCAUCAAACUUUUAUCUAUUAUAUUUACGCUCCAGUGCAUUAUGAAUUGCCCUUUUCUGCGGAUUUUUUGUUUUGGUUUCAGCUCCUUUUCUUUUCGUUUAGUAUGCAAUUUUCUUUAUGUUUCUCAACUAGUGUUUCGGCAGAGACCAAGGCCCACUACUCAUCGGCGUCAUUCACUGCCAAUUGUGAUUGUAAGGUCGGUACAGAACUUCUAACGGAGCUCCGGCUAUUCGUGUUUCUGCGACCAGAAUUGGAGGGAUUUCCGUUAGCCAGUGUGCGCAAGAGAUGCAGUUCUUGGAGUUGUUGUUUGCGCUUGCUUCCGACGUUUUGAUAUUCCUGAUUGGGGUGGCUGUGCUGUGGUGCUUGUCGCUGCUGUCCACUCAUCUCUCGACCGCUCUCAAGAGCCAAGAUCCUGAACUCAUCGCCAUCCCCGACCGAGCAAUGAGCGGACGCCACUCCGACGACGAAGACGAAGAUCAGACCUACUUUGCAGGCGGUGAACGCAGCGGCAUCGCAGUCCAGAACCCGGCACGCGGGCGGAGACCAGGGGAUAUCGUAGACGAGCUUCUGAAGCAAGCUGAGCGUGAAGGCGCUGAACCUGCUCCCGACACCUCCCCGUCAACCCGAUCAUUCGCGUUCUCAGGCGGAGGAAACACAGUCGGUGGUGAGGGAUCGUCCAGCCGAUCUGUCCCUGCUGCACAUGCGUCCACCCCCAGCCAAGAAGAGGUCGUUUCUCGAUCUCUUACAUUUUGGCGCAAUGGAUUCACAGUCGAGGAUGGGCCGCUGAUGCGAUACGACGACCCAGCCAACGCGGAAGUGCUUGCCUCCUUACGUGCCGGUCAGGCGCCGCCCUCGAUCCUUAACGUGCGCAUCGGCCAGCGCGUCGAUGUACAUGUGACCAGCAAAAAGGACGAAGAUUUCCGCCCAGGACCGUUCUCCGGCACGGGAAACCGACUGGGCUCUGCGACACCUGCUGCCACAGCGGUAUCGCGUGCCCCGCCUGCCUCUCCGCGCGGUAACGCCAGUCCCCGAUUCGAGGUCGACUCUUCCCUACCCACGACGAGCAUUCAGCUCCGCCUGGCCGAUGGAACACGGAUGGUGUGUCGGAUGAACCUGACGCACACCGUGCAGGAUCUGUGCAACUUCAUCGACGCAUCCCGUCCCGAGAAUCGGACGAGGCACUAUACCGUCGGGACGACUUUUCCGAACAGGACACUGGACGACAUGGAAGCGACGAUUGAGGCUGCAGGUCUGGCAAACAGUGUUGUUGUGCAGCGGUGGGUGUGAAGGGCGCUACGAGCAACACACUAUACAAUCCAAAUGUACUUUUAUCCAGAAAACGCAGUAGUGCGUUGGAUCCCGAGGGCCUGCGGGCUCACCGUGCUU